AUGGCCUGUCGCCGAGCGAGUACUCUCCCCUUCCCCCUCCUCCUCCUGCUCCUCCUCGCACGUCUUCCCCGCGGCAUCAGCGUGGCGGCAAAUCCACCCCCCUCUCCAGGCGCAUCAGCGCCGGAGGCUAACACCGCCCCGGCACCGGCGGCGGCGGCACCAGUGGCUGUGAAGCUAGGCUUUCUGCUGCCCGUGCAAGAGCGCAACCUUGAUAUCCCUCUCAACCUCGCUCGCGAAUGGGGAUCGGCAGCGCAAGUAGCGCUGGACGUGCUCUCUACCCGCUACACGGGCUUCACCAUAAAGCCCGUCUUCCAGGCCGUCGAAUGCACCGCGGACAGCGCCGCAGUUGGCGCAGACGCGCUGGUGAAGCAGGGCGUGGCGGGCGUGGUGGGGCCCGCGUGCAGCGAGGCGGCUGUGGGCGCGGCGCCCGUGCUGGCCCGCGCGGGGAUCCCGAUGGUGUCCUUCGCCGCCACGGCUGACGCGCUGCGGAACCGCACCGCGUAUCCGACUUUUUUCCGCACCGCCUUCGGCGAUCGGCAUCAGGCAGCAGCCAUUCGCAGCGUGGUGGACCAGCUGCAGUGGAAGCGCCUCCUCGUGUUCCAUACCGCCGAGACGUACGGCGAGGCGCUUGCCUACGAUGUGACGCAGGAGCCCCAGCUGAAGGUGCGCACGGUGCGCAUCCCGCACCCGCCCCCCGCGGACUGCUCCGCGUACUUCCCCCCCGCGGCGGACGACUGGAUGAAGGGGUCGGAGGACAUGGGCGUGGUGCUGGCCGUGCUACCCAGCACCGCCUCCUGCCUCUGGGCCGCCGCUAGCAAGCUUGUAACCAGUGCGGGCAGUGCAAGCAGUGCGGGCAGUGCAAGCAGUGCGGGCAGUGCAAGCAGUGCGGGCAGUGCAAGCAGUGCGGGCAGUGCAAGCAGUGCGGGCAGUGCAAGCAGCGCGGGCAGUGCAAGCAGUGCGGGCAGUGCAAGCAGUGCGGGCAGUGCAAGCAGUGCGGGCAGUGCAAGCAGUGCGGGCAGUGCAAGCAGUGCGGGCAGUGCAAGCAGUGCGGGCAGUGCAAGCAGUGCGGGCAGUGCAAGCAGUGCGGGCAGUGCAAGCAGUGCGGGCAGUGCAAGCAGUGCGGGCAGUGCAAGCAGUGCGGGCAGUGCAAGCAGCGCGGGCAGUGCAAGCAGUGCGGGCAGUGCAAGCAGUGCGGGCAGUGCAAGCAGUGCGGGCAGUGCAAGCAGUGCGGGCAGUGCAAGCAGUGCGGGCAGUGCAAGCAGUGCGGGCAGUGCAAGCAGUGCGGGCAGUGCAAGCAGUGCGGGCAGUGCAAGCAGUGCGGGCAGUGCAAGCAGUGCGGGCAGUGCAAGCAGUGCGGGCAGUGCAAGCAGUGCGGGCAGCACGCUGGUAGUGCCCUGGUGGGUGCUGCCUGCCAGGGAGCUGAAUCUCCUGGGGUACCCGUGGUGGUACCUGGGAACGGACGGCGUGGCAGCCCUGGACCUCAUGGAUGCAGCACCGCAGUCGGGGGAGGAGAUGCUCGCCAACCACAUGGUGAACGAGCUCGCGCUCGCGCCCUCAGCGCCGCAGUCAGGCGAGGAGAUGCUAGCCAACCACAUGCUCAACGAGCUCGCUCUCGCGCCCUCAGGCGCCGACCCCUCGGGAGAGCAGCCAUUUGCCCCGUUCAAGGCGUACUGGCAGCAGCAGUCGUACGCGGCGUUCCCCGGCCUGCUCACCUUCGACGCCUCCCCGCGCUUCUCCGCCCCCCGGCCCUUCGUCCCGCACCUCGUGGAUGCCGUGUGGGCGUUCCACGAGGCUGUCAACAAGACCGUUGGGGAGCAUGGCGCGUCCCUGUCUGCCGCGCACCUGCUCGCCUGCUUCAACGACUCGCCGUCUGACUGCGUGUCCUUCCCGGGGGCGACGGGGCGCAUGCACUUUGACUCGGACUCGGGCGAGCGCAGCAAGGUGCAGGUGUCGCCGCGCUACUCGCUCAUGCAGUUUGCAGGGCUCCCAUGGAUGCCCGUGGGGGAGUGGGUGGAACAGCAGCAGCCACGGCUCAAGCUGACACAGGAGUCGCCACUGCAACGACCAGCUGACCCUGCUGCUGCUGCUGCUGGAGAGACGAACGGAAGCCCAGCAGAAGGGGGGGCUCCUCCUGACAACAGCAGCAGCAGCAGUAGCAGCAACAGCAAUGGCAAUGCUGUUAACUUCGUGGUCCCACCUAUGCUGCUCCCAUCGCCCCUUUAUGCUAAGGCAUUAGCCACCUGUGCCUAA